GCUUCCCCUCGUGCCCGGGGACCAGGGCAGGCAGGAGCCGGGCACCCUCACCCUGCGGGGGCUGUGCUGAGCUGCUCCGUCCCGGGCCGCUGCUAUGCACCCUUCCCAGGCCGUCCCGGGCCUUGUCUCCGAGGAGGAGCACGCCACCCGGGCCCUUCCCAGUGCUGCCACAGGUGGCACCUCCACAGCAGCAGUGGCCCUAGGGCAGACAGAGCCCACGCCAUCCGUGUACCCUGGGGCAGACCCUGCCCUGGGCCGGGUCUGGACUAGGUGUGAUCCCAAGAUCCUUCCAGUUGACAGCUCAUUCCGUGGCAGCCACUGCCCCAGAGAGACCUGGGCAACCCAUCUGCCUGCUGCUCCAAGCAGCAAUGCCGCAUUUCUGCUGGGGUUCCUGCUCCACUGCAUCCAGCCCUGGCAGCUGCAGCCACUGCUCGUGGGCAGCUCUGACCAGGCAUAUCUGGCCUCCCACCCUUUCCCCACUGAGCAGGUUAUAAUUGGUGGCUUCCACCUUGGAGCAUGGCUCACCUGGGUGGCUCACUCCACAUGGGAGUGAUGCUUGCUGCUCCAGACUGCAAGGGGGGCAUGGCCUGCAGGGCCUGGAGUACAGCUAUAGGCAGUCAGUGGGUAGCAGCCUCUCCAUCAGGCUACUCUGGCCCUGCCCCUUUACCAAGACUCGGGGCUCUGCUGCAGUUGGGACUCUGGGGCACCACCUACGCUGGGCCAUCCAGGAACCUCAGGGCCAGGGCCUUCCUGCCAGGUGCUGCGCAUCUGUGUCCUGAGGUGGUCUUGCAGCAGGACUGGGCACCGCUUGGUAUGCUCCUGCCAGUCUUAGGGCAAAGGUAGGGCUGUCAGUCUGCCAAAGCAACCAGCUGCCUGGGAAGGAGUGGGCAGCAGAGCUGAAGAGAGAAAAAGAGAGAGAGAGAGAGACCCCUGCCCUCAGCUGCAGGCCCUGGGGUGUGGCAGCUCAUGGGCACUGAUCUGUGCCUGUCCUAGGGAGCUGGGGGCUGCAGCCUCCUCAAGCUGCUGCUCAGGGCCCGGUCUUACCCUGCACCACUGGCUGUGGAGGUGCUGAGGGGCUUCAGCAUCUUGGACACAUUUGAGGGCCAGUGGGCUCUCUGCUCGGUAUCCCCCAUUGGUGUUCUUAUUCUGAACCUUUGGCCCACACUCUCGUCCAUGUUUUUUGCAUCCAUUGUCCCAAGCACUUAGUUGCCCCCUUUUUCAGUAGCCUCCCCACCUAAGGAAGGCUAGCACAUAACGUGGUGGGCUAGGCCCAAGACUCCAAAGGUAGACUAAUAGAGCUGGGGAGACUGCAAGGAGAGGAGAGGGGCAUCCUGAAUGGCCUCUUGUGCUUCCCGUGAACACAGAGUCGCUCUGUUGCUCUAUAUGGUGACACCCAAGCAGUGACCAGCGAAGCCACCAUGGUGUGUGGGGGGGGGAUGAUGGCAAUCACUUAGCUUGACCCUGCCCUCCUGUGCCACUGGAGCCUCCCUGCCAGAGUGAGGACUGCGGCAUUGGUGCUGGUGUCUCUGCAGCAGCAGGCAUGGAGAGGGCAGCUGGGGGGCAGGGGGUCAUGGGCGUGGUAGGGACUUGGCCCCCAGGCUGGGCACAGGCUGGAACUGAGCCAUGGGAUCCAAAAGAUGGAGAAUGCCUUAGGAUCCUUCCUGAGGCACAGAGCUGUGGCUUCCCACCACCACCCACAGUGCUUCUGGACCAGAAGGCCAUGCCUGCCUGUCUGUCCCCGUCCCAGGACUGAUAUCGGGAUGAGGGGCAGGGCAUCCAUGGUGCCGUGGCUGGGGGCAAGCAUGCGAUGCACUGUAGGCAGGGAGCAGGGCACAGGACUGAGGGUCCCACUGGGAUCCCCUGUCUUUGUGCCCACCAUCACCCCCCAUGCUGCAUCACCAGUGUCUUGCAGGCACUGAUCAGCCCCCACCAUGGCGGAAGCACACCAGGCUGUGGCCUUCCAGUUCACGGUCACCCCUGAGGGCUUUGACCUGCGCCUGAGCCGGGAGGCCCUCAAGCACAUAUACCUGUCAGGUAUCGCCGCCUGGAAGAAGCGCCUCACUCGCCUCAAGAACACCUUCUUGACUGGUGUGUACCCUGCCACCCCCUCCAGCUGGCUGGUGGUCGUCAUGACGACGGUGGGCUCUCUAUACUGCCAGGUUGACCUGUCUAUGGGGCUCAUCAGCCACAUACGGCAAUGCCUGCCCAGCAGCCGGUACCUGAGCUUCCAGAACAGGACCCUGCUAAGUGCCACACUCUUCUCCACUGGCGUCUGGAUCUCGGGGAUCCUGAUCUUCCGGCAGACACUCAAGCUGCUGCUGUCUUACCAGGGCUGGAUGUUUGAGCCCCAUGGCAAGAUGAGCCGUGGCACCAAGGUCUGGGCGGCCGUAAUGAAGGUCAUGACUGGCCACAAACCCAUGCUGUACAGCUUCCAGAGUGCACUACCCAAGCUGCCUGUUCCCAGCGUGCAGGCCACCAUUCACAGGCAGUACCUGGAGUCUGUGCGGCCCUUGUUGGACGAUGCCCAAUUUAGCAAGAUGGAGGUGCUGGCCCAGGACUUCCAGAACUACACAGCGCCCCGGCUUCAGAAGUACCUAGUGCUCAAGUCCUGGUGGGCGACCAACUAUGUGAGCGACUGGUGGGAGGAGUACAUCUACCUGCGUGGACGAGGGCCCCUCAUGGUGAACAGCAACUACUAUGCUAUGGACUUCCUGUAUGUGACACCCACGUCCGUGCAGGCUGCCCGGGCAGGCAACAGUGUGCAUGCCAUCUUGCUUUACCGGCGCCGGCUUGACCGCGAGGAGAUCUCCCCGGUGAAGCUGCUGGGCCUAGUGCCCAUGUGCUCCUCCCAGAUGGAGCGGAUGUUCAACACCACACGCAUCCCCGGGAAGGAGACAGACAUCCUGCAGCACCUAGUGGACAGCAAACAUGUGGCUGUGUACCACCGUGGACGCUUCUACAAGCUGUGGUUAUACUACAGCGGGCGGCUUCUGGGGCCACGUGACCUGGAGCUGCAGUUCCAGCGCAUCCUGGAUGACCCAUCAGUCCCACAGCCUGGGGAGGAGAAGUUGGCAGCCCUCACUGCCGGGGACAGGGUCCCAUGGGCCGAGGCCCGUGCUCGGUUCUUUGGCUCUGGAAAGAACAAGGUGUCAUUGGAGGCCAUUGAGCGGGCAGCCUUCUUUGUGGUGCUGGAUGAGGAGGAACAUUGCUUCCACCGAGACCAGGAGGACAGCCUGGACUGUUAUGCCAAGUCCCUGCUGCACGGCCGCUGCUAUGACAGGUGGUUCGACAAGUCCUUCACCCUAAUCGUCUACAAGAACGGCAAGCUGGGUGCUAAUGCUGAGCAUGCCUGGGCUGACGCGCCCAUCAUCGGGCACCUCUGGGAGUUCAUGCUGGCGACAGAUACCUUCCAGCUGGGUUACAGUGAGGGGGGCCACUGCUGUGGGGAGCCCAACCUGGGCCUGGCACCCCCACAACGGCUGCAGUGGGACAUUUCUGAGGAGUGCAGGAUGGCCAUCGAUGGCUCCUAUGGUGUAGCCCAGGUGCUGGCAGAUGAUGUGGACUUCCAUUGCUUCCUGUUCACCGACUUUGGGAAGGGCCGGAUCAAGCGGUGCCGGACCAGCCCUGAUGCCUUCAUCCAGAUUGCACUGCAGCUGGCACACUUCCAUGACAAAGGAAGGUUUUGCCUCACCUAUGAGGCCUCCAUGACACGUCUCUUCCGGGAGGGCCGAACUGAGACCGUGCGCUCCUGCACCAGCGAGUCCACAGCCUUUGUGCGCAGCAUGGCUGACCCGGCCCAGAGCCGGUGCGAACGCCUGCGGCUCUUCAAGCUGGCGGCGGAGAAGCACCAACUCAUGUACCGCCUGGCUAUGACCGGUGCCGGCAUCGACCGACACCUCUUCUGCCUCUACUUGGUCUCGAGGUACCUGGGCGUGGAGUCUCCCUUCCUCGCGCAGGUGCUGUCCGAGCCCUGGCGCCUGUCCACCAGCCAGACCCCGCAGCAGCAGAUCAGGAUGUUCGACCUGGAGAAGUUCUCGGACUAUGUUUCGGCCGGCGGCGGCUUCGGGCCCGUGGCGGACGACGGCUAUGGCGUCUCGUAUAUGAUCGGGGGAGAGAACCUGAUCACCUUCCACAUCUCCAGCAAAUUCUCCAGCCCCGAGACGGACUCGCGGCGCUUCGGGAGGCACCUGCGCCAGGCGCUGCUGGACAUCGCGGGGCUCUUCGAUGCGCCCCCCAACAAGGUGCCUAAUUGACCCAGCCCCGCGCCCCCCUCAGCGACACGCCCAGGGCCGGACACGGGACCGGGCAACGCCCUCGUGGAUCCCGCCCUCUCCCCCGCCCCCGGCCAGGGCGUAGAGCGGGGUACAGGGGCAGCGGCGCCUCGGUAAAAGCCGCCUUGGAGCG